CCAGUCUCCUAAAAACAUUCGACAUGCUGCAGUAAUGGCCGACAGAAACCAAACUCCAAAGUUCUGGCCUAAUCAUCGAGCAAGUAACUAGCUGCCACCAUUUUGGUAAUAAAGUGGAACUGCCUCUUGUCACUUAAGACAUCUUUUUCAUUGCAAGUUGUUUGCAUGACUUCUUCUCAGCUGCACCUAUGAAAUAGAUAUUUUUACUUUUCUUGUUGCGCGUCAAAGGCCUAUUUGAACUGAAAUAAACAUGCCUAGGAGCAAAGACAAAAACGUCCGCCCAUCAACAGCUUCGGGGAUCAUCCAAAGUCAUGAAGUCAGUCAUAUCCUGGAUGAUAUCAGGCCUAAUACAGCACUGGGUUUGAACAAAGAAUCCCUACCUGGCCUUGAGCCAACCUAUGUAACAUCUCAAAGAUUACCAGGAACUAAAAAGCCAGGAGGUGCGGGCGCAGUAAACAGAGUGAAGGGUAGACAGGUGCAUGGAGGAGUUGACAAGCACGACUUGAAAAAUGAUAGUACAAGAAGAGCUACCAUAGGGCCAACUGAUACAUCAUUUUUAACAAGUUCACAGAAAAUAAGGAGACCAAUUACUGCGGGGGCAAAAGCAGGAACGAUGAAGAUAGAAGAGAAAAUUACUCUUGAACAUCUCCAUCAAAUGAAAAAUGCUUUUGAGGCUGCAGGUGGAGAUGCAAGUAGAACAUUGGAUUUGGCAGAAUUCAAAGGAGUUUUCCGUCACUACCUUGGACUAAAAGGAGCUACUGAGGACCAGGUGGCGUCUCUCUUUAUGAAAAUCGAUUCAACCUCAGAUGGAUAUAUAACAUGGGACGAGUUUUGUACAUACAUGCAGUUAGAAUACACAGAAAAAGAAGACUCCUAUUUUCGAGCCAAAGAGACGGCGUUCCAUUUGCCAGCGCAGUUGGCCAACUCUCCACAUCGUGAUGCUCUUCUCAGGAUCUGCCACACCAGUGACAAUAAUUUUCUCGGUGUAAGCCAGGACGGCAUGGUUUCUUUCUGGACGCCAUCAAUGCAACACAAACGUACGAAACAGAUUGAAAGCGGUGGAAAGAAAAGUAAAUGGAUAACAGACUUUAUUUUGAUGCCACAAUACAAUAAAUUCAUCAUAGCAACAGGGGAUCGAGAAAUCCAGUUUUACGAACUUUCAACAUUCGAGGCUUACUGUCAAAUAUCGAGUCUGGAAACAGUUCCGCUUAGGCUGGAUUACUGUUGUCCUGUUCCUGAUGAAUGCCUUGUUUUAUAUGGUGACAGUGACGGCUGUGUCAGCAUUUUCAUCAUAAAGAAUGUUGGAGAGGUGCUGCGGACUUGGAAAAAGAUGCCUAAAAUAGAUGGGAUUGCAAGUACGAGUAUUGAUAGUGUUGUGAAUUCGCCUCACAUAAGCUUCGUUAGAUGGAAAGUGCACAAUGACUGGGUACAAGAGCUUCGUUAUUACGAUUCUAUAAGAGCUGUUAUCUCCUGCUCAAGUGACGCUAGUCAUUCGCUGGUCAUAGGCCAAACCUUGGGCAGCACACAUGUGGAAACGUCAUUGAAAGAGAUGACUUUUGCUUCGUCUGGCCGCAAGCCUGCUAACCUGCCACCAAUUCGAGACUCUCAACCAAAACGGAGAUUAGAAUGCGAUGAAACAGUUUUUAAGGUUUACAAGGGAGUUAGAACAUUUGAUUUUUGCAAAGAGAAGAACAUCAUUGCAACUGGGGGUAUGGAUAGAUUGAUUCGACUGUGGAAUCCUUAUGUCCCAAGCAAACCAAUUGGAAUUCUUCGAGGCCACGUGACUCCAAUAUUCUAUUUGUUCGUGGUUGCAGAAGAUAACCGCCUGUUCAGUAUAUCAAAUGAUAAGACUAUCAAGGUUUGGGAUAUACACGAUCAGACCUGUUUAUUGACUGUUCGUCCUAAAACUCACAAAAUUAGAGGCGAUUUAGCAGCUAUUCAUUACAAUCCAAUAUCACGUGGACUGGCUGUGGCUACAGACGGUAUGGCUCUUCUAAGUGUUAAGAAUAAGCCAAUGUCCCUUCAGAUGACAACUACUCACAAGGAAAGCGUCAACUGUGUCAAGUAUAAUAGAAGUUUCAAACAAGUCGUCACUGGAUCUGAUGCGUCGGUUGUUAGAGUGUGGGAUAUCGAAAGCGGCAAAUGCGUUUUCGAAUUUUCUAAUGCCCACGGAGAUAAUGGCAUUACAGCCAUGACUUUCGACUCAACUGAGAGAAGGCUGAUAACUGGUGGAAGAGACGGAAGGUUAAAAAUUUGGAAUUAUAACAAUGGGCAUUGUCUGAGAGUUUUAGAGAAAGAAAGGCAUUUGGAUGAGGUUUCAGCACUAUGCUACGUGAUAAUAAAUAAAAACAGAUAUAUUGUAUCAGUUGGAUGGGAUCGCAGAGUGAAUGUUUUCUCUGACGAUCAAACAGAUUUCCACCAUGUCCAAAGGCCAUGUGUCACUUGGAGCGACGAUAUUCAUCGUGGGCAUCGUGAAGAUAUCCUGGCAGUUGCAUUCUGCCCCCCGAAUCUUUUGGCGACAUCAAGCUAUGAUGGAGAGAUUCUGAUUUGGAACAUGGUCUCUGGUCACAUUUUCUGCAGACUAAAUGCACCAACAGCAAAUGGAAAGCUUUCUUCUCGCAGCAGUAUCUUGGAUGGAUCCAUGGUCGUGAAUCAACUAGCAUUCCUUGGAAAUCGAGGCGGUAACAAGAUGGCAGCUGCAUUGAUCUCAAAUGGUCCAAAUGGUCGUAUUUAUUUCUGGAAUGUUUACUCGUCUAGCAAGCCAUAUUCGACGUUUAUCGCGUCGCAUCGUGGAACUGUUACGUCGAUAGCAGUCGAUUCAACCAACACACAUUUUGUCACUGGAGAUUCCCAAGGUUUUAUAACAGUCAUGGAUGUAGAAGAUUAUGCGAUGGAAGGUCCAGAAUCAACAAGCCCACCUGUGAAUCGAAAAUGGCGAUCAAAUAUUCAGACAAUAACUAGCAUUGAACUUGCAGAAGAUUAUGAUUUGCUGCUCACCUCUUCAACUGACUGCACUGUUCGACUGUGGACGAUGGAUGGGCACUUUGUUGGCACUUUUGGUCAGCCUAAUUCAUGGGACAUUGCCUCUCCGUCGUCAUACCAACAUCCCAUGGCACCGUACGAUGUUUUGGUUGAUCCACUCAGUGUUCCAAAUAACCCUGCAAUAACGUCUUUAAAAGCAGAGGAAAAUACUGAUUCUGACAGCAAGGAUGCCGCUGCUUUAGAUGACGUCACGAAAUCAAACAUGACAUCUACCAAUCACAAAAAGCCAAAAAACGGAUUCUCAAUCGAUGAUAAAAUGAUUGCAGAGAUGCUGAAAACAAACCCUGCAUCAAAAGCCAUGGGUAAAAGACUUCGCCAUGAAAAAUUGAAGAUAAUUCCGAAAGAUACCGGCGGACCAAAUGCAUACCAAUCCUUAAAAUAUUUUGAUCUCGAAGAAACUCCCCCGGUUAUGGAAAUUCCACCAACAACAGAUAUCGACGACCCGUUUGAUAUCAAAAUAUAGGAAGUUUAUUUAUGACAUGAGCGUGAAUUUGCAGAAGCUGCAUCAGGAUGUUUAAAGCUUUGUUAUUAUUUGCUAGAUAAAUAUUAUCAUGACAAAAAUAAAAGUGCACUAAUAUUGUAACUGUUACAAAACUAUUGUAACUUAAAAGUUUCAAUAAUUGGCAAUCAAACUGUACAUUUAGAAUACAUUUUUUCUUUAAUUUUGGAGGCAAUUGUAAAUUAAUAAUGAAUAUAUAAUCUUAAGUUAUUGUUUUGAGCGUAAUGUAUUAGGGGUCGUAUGAAAGGAACUUUAGAGUAAAUAUUUUUUGCAUAAUUUUUUGUAAAUAGCUUUGUGGUAUUUUAUGAUUUCAAAAUUUGUGGUGUAAAAUUUGGAAGCAAUCUGUAUAUCUAAUAUACCUGAUUAAAGUUUUA